AUGGCCAGUGACAUUACCACCUACCCAUGCAUCGUACGAUCUGUCACUUACUUUGUUCCCGAAGGGGAUGUCGGAUCUGCCGGCUGGGAGGGGGCCAUGCAGGAGGCUGCAGCCUUCCUGGCCACCGCCAGGGGGAGUCUCGAGCAGGAAGGGAUCACGGUGCAGACGCUGCGAGUCGCCACCGACAUCCUGACCCGGGUAGAAAGCGUGGAGGAAGCUCUGCGCAAGGCCCGCGUGGUGCAGGCCGCCGCGGCCGCCAGCGGCAUCUCCUUUGUAUCCUAUGGCGCCUUCUCCAACGCCCGACUUCUGGAGGAGGGGCUCGCCACGAAACUACUCACGACGCCCGGUGGCGAUGCCUACACCUGCUGCACUUUCCGCUGGCAGCCGGGCAUGGGCGUGGAGGAGGCGCGCAGCGCCGCCCGCGCCAUCUUCUCCCUGGGCAGGGCGACGGGCGACGCGGGCCCCUUUCACUUCGCCCUGACCUUUGCCGAGGAGGGUUUCCAGACCCCCUUCUUCCCCGCCGCCUGCGCGACGCGCCCCGGGUUCGCCAUCGCCACCGAGAACUCGGCGCAGUACGCCGCUGCGCUGGCCUCGGCGGGGGAGGGGGGCCCGGCGGGCGUGACCCCGGCCCUGCGUGCCGCCAUGGCGGCCGGCCUGCGAGGCGCGCAGGCCUGCGCCGUGAAGCUGGCUACGGCCACGCACGUGCCCUACCUGGGCAUCGACACCAGCAUCAACCCGGGGCUGGAGGGGCCCAGCCUCGCGGGCGCUUUUGAGAGUGUGGGACUGGGCCCCUUUGGCGGGCCGGGCACGCUGGCGGUGGCGGAGCGCGUGACCGCGGCGGUCCAGUCGCUGAGCGGGAUCGACACCACGGGGUACUGCGGCCUGAUGCUGCCCCUGGCGGAGGACACGGGGCUGGCCGCCGCCAGCAGGGCGCUCUCCGUCCAGACCCUGCUCUUCUACUCCGCCGUCUGCGGCUGCGGCCUGGACACGGUGCCUGUGCCGGGCGUGUCGGAUGAGACACCGGCUGGGGAGGCGGCGCGCCUGGUCGCCGCCGCGGCGGCGCUGGUCCUGGACAUUGCCGGCAUGGCCGCCCGCCUUGGCAAGCCCCUGACCUGCCGCCUGCUGCCCGUGGCGGGGGGAAAGGCGGGGCAGGCCACGGCAUGGGACAGCCCCUACCUAGUGCCGGGGACGCUGCUGUCGCUGUGA